UUCUUAUAUCUACCUGACACAACUCAACUGCACACUUUCGUAGCAUGAAAAGAAAAUAUCUGAAUGCUCUGGGUACGAGAAUACACUGCGUCAAGGAACAAUCGAACACGCGAACGAGAACAAAGAAUAACGUUCCAUCGAACAUACCCUUGUGAGGACGGUUACGGUAAUGGCGGAACGUUGAGAAUGGGAAAACAACACACAGGAGACAACGAGAAAUGUCUGUUUCUCUGGCUGUGGCUCUCCUAGCAUACACGCUUGCAGUUUUAGUUCUGCCCACCGCUGGUUACUUUGCUGACGAAUACUGGGGAAACACAGAGACCUGGUCAGACUAUGCGGACUAUCCAUCGGAAAAACUACCCUUAUACAGUGCCAAAUCUCACAGUCAGCACAGGCACGGAACGCACAACAAGCAUGUUGGCAAAAGUCGCACCGGAAAACAUCGAGCGACUAUAACUAAUUCACCAGUACGUAAGACAGACGACAAAGAACCAAGGCAGCGAAACGUUCUGUUGGACAGGUUGCGGUCAAGCUCCUUUGGUAUGAAAAGUAGACACCAGGACGAGACAGAAGACUAUCAGCUCGGCUUAGAUGUUGCUCCAGUGCACAAAAAGUCGCCACUAUCCUUUGGAUAUCGUAAAGACGCGUUGAGUCAAAGGAAAAUGACGUCUAAACUUGAUGCUUUCAAAGCCCCUUCUGCGACACUAAAACCCAAGUUCAAUAACGCUUCUGAAUCAGGGCAAAUCCUAGCUAAGCAACAAGGCUCUACUUCGAACGACUGCGCGGUGACCGUCAUCUAUGCGUCAUCUCUAACCUUUCUCGUCACCGUUGCCAUGGUGAUACUACUCUACCUCAUCCUAGUGCUCACGUUCAAACGGCGCCGGUUCAAGCCACACGAUUGGUGGAUGGCAGGCCAAGGGUCAGACCACGGCGGCGACGAUGACGUCAUGAACGACCGCGCGUCCAAUCUGAGCUUGCUCAAGCCUUUUUUUCACCUGGCGUCAGAGGAUGAGGUGUUUCACAUCGGAGGAACGCCCAGGUCCGGGACAACAUCAUCCUCGGAGGAGGAUUCGCUCAUGAAGAGUCUCAAUAAGAAAAACAAGAAGAUGAAGGCGCCCACGAGAAAGGAGUUUUCCGGACGUGACACUAAGGAACAGCAGGAUUUGAGAGAAAGUCGCACAGAGAGAUGGGUGGAAAGCGUUUCACAACUGAACCAAGAUCGGAGCACACAGAGCUAGAAUUGGUCAUAAUCAAUGGGAAACCACCAUGCAAAAUAGUUAUUACAAAAUAUUUGUCGUCUC